AUGUCCCACCUCCAAUACUUCUCCUACCCGGGCGUCGGCGAACGCAACCGCCAAACCUUCAAAUACAGCCAAGCCGUGCGCAUUGGCGAUCGAAUCGAGUGCGCUGGACAGGGCGGCUGGAACCGCGAAACGGGCGAAAUCUACAAAGAGAUCAACGCCCAGAUCGAUCAGGCGUUCGCGAACGUCGAGGCGAACCUUAGACAUGCAGGCGGGGAGGGCUGGAGCCAGGUGUUCCGGGUCAAUAGUUACCAUGUGCCCAUUAAUGAUGAGGCGCUGCAGGCUAUGGUGCGGAACUUCAGGAAGUACGUGCCGGACCAUGAGCCGAUUUGGACGUGUGUGGGGGUUACGCGGUUGGGGGAGGAUGAUAUGAGGGUUGAGAUUGAGGUUGUGGCGCAUGUGCCUAACUGA